GGAGUUGUCUUCAAGGGGAGGGUGACGGGAGCGGACGGGGAACCCGCACGGCAGGGCCGCGGCAGCAAGCACCAGCGCAGCGGAGCUGGUGGGCGAGCCUAAGUGACACCACGAGAACGGGGGAGGGGGGGCGAUACGCUGUUUUCCUGUGUCGGAGUCUUCUCGCUAUCUCCACCCCCCUUCUCUACUGCCGCCCCUCCCCCGGGCCCAGGUAGUUCCGCCUCCCGCCAGCCCUGCUUGGAAAGACCAGGCGGGGUUGGCGAGGAGGCGGAGAGGGAGGCGGCGGGAUUGCAGGAGGCGGAGUUGCCGCUCGGGAGCCGGCGCCGGUUGCAGCAGAGGUGGGGGGAGGAAAAGGAGAACCAGCGCCCCCGGCAACACCCCCAGCACCCCCGGCAGCAGCGCUCCUGAGUGGGAGGCUCCCUUUCUCCGCCCGCGCAGAGGGGUCAGCAGCAGCAGCAGCAGAUCGCCCUGUUCCUUCGCCUCUUUUUUUGAGGGGGGGGACACGCGGACCCCGCAAGUGCCCGCCUCAGUGGGGCAGACGGCCGGAGGAGGAAGCCCGAGACGAGGGACGCGCCGCUGCGCCUCAUCAGCCGCCCUAGGAGCCUCUCCUCCCGCCCUUGCCCCGUCCCUCGCGGCCCAGGGCUGGGGGAGGCAGGCAGCAGGGACUGCCAGCCAGCCUUCCUUCCUGAGGGAUCGCUUUCGUGUCGGAUCGCGCUGGAGGAGUCGGGCAUGAGCGGCCCCGAGGAGUUCGGAGGUACGAGCCCCGUGCCCAGUCCCGGCCCUCCCGGGUUUGACGAGCCACCGCAGAAAAGACAAAGAACUGUAGAAGACUUCAAUCAGUUCUGCACAUUUGUGCUAGCUUAUGCAGGCUACAUCCCAUACCCAAAGGAGAAUGAACCCUGGCUCCAUAGAGGCAACAUGAGCCCCCAGAACAGUACAGGCAGCACUCAGGACAGUGACAGCUGGGCUUCAUCCCAGUCCUAUGACUCCCAGGUACUAUCAGAUGAUGGAGGAAUCAGGAACACUACAUGCAAGGGGACCGGAGACUUACUCCUGAAGUGCUCUGACAUUUCCAGCAACUUCUGUACAGGCCGACCCCAGCAAACCAAGAAGAGGAAGCAAGCAGCAAAGAACCGAGAGGUGGAUAAGAGAGUGAUGCCAAUGAACACAAAUGACAUUAAGCAGGAAAGGACUGAGCUAGGAGAAGAGACUCCUUUAAAAGCAAGAGAGCUUGAUUCCUGUCUUCCAAGGGAGGAGCUCCAGUCUACAACUCUCCUGGAGCAGUGCAUAAAGGAGGACAGUAUCCAUGGAAUGCAGGCAGCUGAGAAGCCUGAGGAAGAGAACAUGUGCAAGGAAGAAAGAAUCAGCCCUGCCUGUUGGAACACCAUAGAGCAGAGCAGUGAAGAAGAACUCAGUAGAGAUGGCUCCCAACUCAGUGCUUUGUGUGAGGAGUUUUCUGCUGUCUCAGAUGCCAAAACUGAUGAGGAUGAUGCCUGGGAUCUCAUCACGUGCUUCUGCUUAAAGCCUUUUGCUGGGAGACCUAUGAUAGAGUGCAAUGAAUGUGCUACUUGGAUCCACCUCUCCUGUGCCAAGAUACGUAAAUCCAAUGUGCCUGACAUCUUCAUCUGCCAACGAUGCCGUGAUGCAAAGCAGGAGAUUCGCCGCUCAAACAGAGCCCGCACUGUUCCCCGCAAGCGCUUCUGUGACUGACUUUGGCUUGGGGGUGGGUGGGUUCCCUUUAAACUUGGACUUGGAUCCCUAUUGUCAAGACAAUCAAAAUGCAAGAACUUCCCUGGGAAAUAAGUGAGGGACCCCUAUGCUUCCAGGAUAGUACAAUGUGUGUCUUACUCAAGCCUGAUGCAGGUGGGUGGGACAUGCUGUUCUCCUCUUGGCAGGGCAUGUAAACUGUGCUUUUGAGUACUCAGGGUUACACACUAGAGCAGCAAAUGCAAAGGUGCCUGGCAGACACGUGACUGGUUUGGUGGAUUCCAGUGCACAAUGCACUAAGUCAGCCAGAAGCCUCUUUGCCCUUGUGCAAAAAGGGCUUGGUGCCUUUCAUCAACAAUCUAGUGGGAGUUGGCCCGGAGUAGUUAUUUUGUGGUACAAUAGCUGCUCAGGCUUAAAUUUGUAAGGGUUUUUUUGGGGGGAGGGGGGGUUGUUCCUUUGGCCCUAGACUCAACUAUCCCUUGGUAAAUGAGUUGAAGCUUCUGGAACAUAAAAAGUAAAAGCACAUGUUAAAGAGGGCUGUUGUCUUCCUGUGCACACUCUGCUUGGGAGAGAACCUUCUGCAACUACUAUAACAGCAGAUUACCAUUCUCUGUUGGCAUGAACAUCAGUGUGGGGCAGUCUGACAUUAAACUUCAGUGAUGUGGUUCUACAUAUUUUAAAGAGCCUGCCCUCUUCAAAAACUUAACAGUGCACUGUGCUGUUCCCACUUUUAGUCGGGCUAGUCACCUAGUAGGGGGAAGGGGUGGCAAUACUCAAUGUAAAUAUUUUAUAUAAAGAUGCUUAGAAAGUGUCUCGCUGUACCUGCUCCAUAUUCAGCUGCCCCCUUCCCUAGACUUCCAGUUGCACUAGUGUCUACUUUGAAGGGGAUACAGGAGCUGUGGGGAGAGACCAAAGCUGUUAGUGGUAGACGUGGUGAUGAGGUUGCUGCAGAGACUCGAGAAUCUGGAAAUAUGGCAGCAGUAGGAAAGUUAAGAGGUGUGAUGGUGAGCCACAUUGAAGAAGCAGAUUGGGUCCUGCUUUUGUUUCCAGUUGCUCUUUUGUUGCUGAGGUUAUGUCACCUAGUUUCCUGUAGGUGAAAUCUGGGGAAUGCUAAAUGGUGACCUGUCUACUAUGCAAACUAUUGCUAUGUGUUCUUGGGAAAAUCAUGCCAGCAAACUACUGCUUGUUUUGGAGAAGACAGGUCUCCCUGCACUCUACCCAAACCACUGAACCUCUUUGAUUUGACCCGUGUGCCUUCUUGAUUGUACACAUACCACAUCAACUUUCGCCAUGCUUGUACAAUGAAAGUAGAAUUGUAGGUACAAGGGAUUUUCAGUGGCCUGAGAUAGGUCAUUUCCCACUUAGGACAGACUGCUCAUCAUCAUGCUGUAGGAAUUUAGGGAGCUUCCCCCUGAAUCUCAAUUUCCCCUCUGCCCCCUCAAAAGUUUACACUUUUAUAGGUAGUCACUUCCUAUUAAAGAUGUAGUGUACUGUGUUCCUUGCCCUCUGCUGAGUGUUUGGAGUGCCCUGUAUAGAAUAAAAAUACUUUUUAAUCAGUUUUAGAUCUUUGGCUUCAUUGUAAA